AUGGGCGUUGCAACGUUCUUUCACCUGUCUAUGCCGGGUUUCACAACCCUUCGACCGCUCUGGGCUCACCGAGUGCCCGACCGCUACCUCGUCGUGCGGGCCGAAUGGGACAACGCCCCAAUCUACUUCCACAACGUCUACGCGCCAGUUGAGGCAGAGCUCCGAGCUGCCUUUUUUGCGACGAUUCCCCGCGAUUUCGAAUCCAACAGUCGUCACAUCGUCGGCGGCGAUCUGAACUUCCCGAUGGACGCCACGCUGGACACGACGUCGUACCAUACGCGCCACAAUGCUGGCAAUGCCCAGUGUUGUGAAUGGCUCUCGUCGCUACAUGUCGUGGACGCAUGGCGCAUGAAAGAUCCCGACGCCAAGGUCCUAUCAGGGCCACGCGGCAGGACUCGGCUUGAUUACAUCUUCGUUGAUGUCGAACUGACAGCAUAUUUCCACCAGCUAUCGUCGUUUGACAGCAAUGCGUUCCACGGCGACCACAUAACGCAUUCCACAGUCCUCGCGAGUCUACCUCGGGUCACUCUCCCAGCCAAUGCCACCACAAUCAACUUCAACUUCGCCACGAGCCCUUCGUAUCCUCCAAGUCCGGCGCGAAUCAGUGCGGAGUUCGAUUGCGCGUGGGCUUGUGUCGGGUCAUGCGGUGAAGGCGGCUGA